AUGUCCCUCUGCCGCAUACCGCUGCAGGAGGUCCUCGCCGUCCAUAUCGGCUUAUGGGGAGACCCGCUGUUGCGCGAGCCCCCGCUUACCACGCUGGAAGCAACCACCUCUCUCCAUUCCCAGGUAGACUGCAGCGCCAAUGCCCCUGACGCUGCACAGACACCUGACAUGGCCGAGGCAACGCUCAGGCCUCAGGGGGGAGGCCCCUCAGAACCAGCAGACACUGCAGCAGUUCCUGCUGCAGCAGCAGCAGAAACAGCAGCAACGGCAGCAGCAGCAACAGGGGCUUCCUUGACACCCAAGAAAGCUAUCGUAGCCCAUCCUGUAGACCCCUCAGAUGGCAGUGCUGAGGGCUCGCCACCGCCGCAGAAGCAGCAGCAGCAGCAGCAACUGCUGCAGCUGCAGCAGCUGCGGCAAACGCAGCAGCCGCAGCAGCAGCAGGAACCGCAGCUGCACCGCGCGGAACUAAGAGGGUUGCGCUAUGGGACCCGGGAUGCCUGCUGCACCUGCAGCAAAGUCAGAACCAGCAGCAGCAACUGGCCUGCUCCUGCUGUUGCUGCUGCUGCACCGCAGCAGAAGAGGCCCCUAAGCACCUGCAGCUGGCUGCGGACGCGCUGCCGCCUCUCCCGCUGCGACUGGGGCAGCAGCAGCAGCAGCAGCAGCAGCAACAGCAGUGCAGCGGAGCCUGGCACCCCCUGCACAGCUUGGGCCGCAGCGUCAACCCGAACAGCAGCAGCAGCAGCAGCAGCAGCAGCAACAGCAGCAGAAGCGGUCGUUCCUGCUGCUGUGCAAGCUCCUGUUGGAGCCUCUAUGACAGCGUCACUGCAGCACACCGCCGGUGGCAGCAGCUGCUGCUGCUGCCGCUGCUGCUGCCCCGCCUCAGCAGCUGCGCUGCUCUCGCCCCUUCAGGUUUUUCAGCUGCCAGCUGAAGCUCCUGCUGCUGCCAAGGAAGCAGCAGCAGCAGCAACAGCAGCAGAAGCAGCAGCAGCAGAAUCUUCUCCUCCAGCAUCCCCGUCCCACAGCGCAGAGACAGCAGCAGCAACAGCAGCAGCAGCAACCCAAGCAGCAGCUACUGCAGCAGCAGCAACCGCAUCAGCAGCAGCAUCAACAGCAGCAGGACAGCACAUAACGAGGCCCCCUAACCAAAGCCCUCUCGUGUCUGUUGGCAGCAAGUGCAGCAGUGUGUCUGGGCGAGCAGACACCGCAGCAGCAGCAGCAGCAGCAGCAGCAACAGCACCAGCAGCAGAAGCUGCAGCAGCAAGUGAAAAGGCAGCAGGAGAAGAAGGAGGAGAAGCAGCAGCAGCAGCAGAAGGGGCAAGGGCAAAGGAAGCAAAAGCAGCAGCAGAAGCAGCAACAGAAGCAGCAGCAGAGGCAGAAGCAGCAGCAGAAGCACCAGCAGAUGCCGAAGCAGCGGCAGAUGCAGCAGCAGCAACAGCAGCAGCAGCACGCGCGGCACCAGAAGUAGAUGCAGGAGCAGAAGCAGCAGCACCGGCAGAAACAGAAGCAGAAGCACCCGCAGAAGUAGCAGCAGCAGCAGCAGCAGAAGCAGCAGCACCGGCAGCAGAAGCAGAAGCAGCAGCAGCCGCAGCCGCAGCAGAAGCAGCAGCACCGGCGGAACCAGAGGCACAAGCACCAGCAGAAGCAGCAGCAGAAGCAGGAGCAGCAGCACCGGCAGAAACAGAGGCAGAAGCAGCAGCAGAGGCAGCCGCAGCAGAAGCAGCAGCACCGGCGGAAACAGAGGCGGAAACAGCAGCAGAAGCAGCAGCAGCAGCAGCAGCAGAAGCAGCAGCACUGGCAGAAACAGAGGCAGAAGCAGCAGCAGCCGCAGCCGCAGCAGAAGCAGCAGCAUCGUCGGAAACAGAGGCAGAUGCCCCAGCAGAAGCAGCAGCACCGGCGGAAACAGCGGCAGAAGCACCAGCAGAAGCAGCAGCAGCAGCAGCAGCAGCAGCAGCAGCAGCAGACGCAGCAGCAAGACAGCAUGCGCAGAACAACUGCCAGCAAGGUGUAGGGGGGUGGCAGGUCCCUCUGAGUUUGCCCUUGCCUCUGUCUCUGGCUCCUGUAUCUUAUACUCGUCGCGUGAUAAGUGCAGCAUCUGCUGCUGCUGCUGCUGCAGCUGUUGCUGAAGCUGCAACAGCUGGAGCAGGGACGCCGCUGUCAGCAGCAGCAGCAGCAGCAGCAGCAGCAGCAGGAGAUAUGCGAAGGAAAAGGAUUCAUGUAGAAGAUGCUGUGCUGCUGCUGCAGGUUGCCUUCGACCUCCACAGACACUCCGUGCUGCUGCCGACGGUGCACGUGCGGCCGCAGCAGCAGCAGCAGCAGCAGCAGCAGCAGCAGCAGCAGCAGCAGCAGCAGCGGCAGCAGUAG